AUGAAUCCGGUUGUGAGACUUGUGAGGAAAUUUUCCUCCACCCCGAAGAGCAUCAACGAGCAGGAUAUCACCAUUUUGAAGAGAAAGCUACGAUGCAAAUUUAAAAGUGUCGGUAUGCUGGAGCUGGACACGCUCAUAAACAAUUACUUAAACACUAACAUAAAUAGCAUGAACAAGGAGAAAGCAAAGCUUCUAUAUAAUCUGAUGGAUAUUGACACAACAAAUUUGUUGAAACUUUUUUAUUUUUAUUCGAACAAGGAAAAUCAGAAGGUCGAAAAACUAGCGCAAUAUUUGAAGAACGUAAACGAGGAGGAAAUAAAAGACACGUUCAAGUUACUUAUAGACAUUUUGCAUAAUAACGAAAAGCUUGUCAGUUCAUGA